AGUUGGUAGGAGGCGAGUUGAGACCGCUAAGAAUAGCGUUAUGUGCAUAGCGAACGAAAAGAACAGGCCAAACCACGUGUAAGCUUUUUAGUGCUUGGGAUGAAUCGAAUUAUCGUUGUCUAUGUGCUUUAAUUACAUUUAAUGAAAAUAAUUCGACACGACUUUACAAUCCGACUUUACGAAGUUUGUUGCAAUCUCUGCUGAGCGGGCGUAGUAUUUGGCGCUGGCAGCAAUAAUUUUGUCUCCACCCGUUGUUGUUGUUUCUUUUUGACUUAUCUGAAGCACGUGGCAUCCCAAUAAAGCAGUCGUGUUAUUGCAUACUUCAUCAAGUUGUGUAAUAACUAUAACUAACAAAUAAGUUAUUGUAUUUACUACUCUUGACUCAAGAGUCUUGAGUUUAUUAUUGGACAAACCAAAAGUUCAAUAUGGAUGGUGGGCUGGAGCCCGGUGUGACCGUACUCGUGAUCAAGAAGCGAUACAAUCCGGAUUCCAAUGUUGUCUUCUUCUUGUAUCGAAGAGCUACAGUGUACAUCAUAAAAUUGCUGAUUUUUUUUAUCGUUUGUUUCCAAUCAUGUGAUUUUGGAUCGAUGAAAUGUUAUCGAGGCGGAGAGUGCGGCUGCGAUGACAAGUUUCUCAGCACAUACUGUUGGAUUCAAGGGACACACACCGUUGUCCGACAUCUUAACAAAACUGUGGGUAAAGAGGUGCCAUAUCCUGGAAUUGGGCAAAUCACGAGCCAAGACGACAUCAUUCAGCAUUCGUACUACAUCUGGAUCUACCCUUGGCUAGCUUUGACUAUCGUUCUUUUCAGACUCCCGUGGUGGAUGUGGAACAAGCAUUGGGGCGGAAAUCGUAUCAAGGUCUUCAUGGAAGAAUUGGACGUCAUUGUUGUCGACGAUCCGGAUAAGGUUAAUUUGAAGAAGGAUCGAGUACUGGCUUACUUUUGUGCUCAAAUCAACACUCCUAUUCAUACGAGUUUGGCAGUUCGUUAUAUUUUUUGCGAAAUCUUCAACUUGCUCCACGUUCUUGGACAAAUGACGUUUACGGACUAUUUACUUAACGGAGGAUUCAGCACGUAUGGACUUGAAGUGAUAAGUUUCCUCCGUGCCAGCCAGGAAUCAAGAAUAGAUCCCAUGUCAAGAAUUUUCCCAAAGGUUACAGCUUGUCUUCUCAACUUGAUCGGCCCCAGUGGAAAUGAACAGCUAAUAGAAGGAAUUUGUGUGCUUCCGUUGAACAGUUUGUUUGAAAAGAUAUUUGUUUUCCUUUGGUUUUGGUUUAUGAUGCUUGCCAUUGUCUCUAUUAUUGGAUUAAUUUAUCGCAUUCUAACCAUUUACGUCCCUCACGUUCGGUACUUACUGUUGCGUAUUCAAAACUUUGGAUCUUCACCUACUGCCCUCCAAGCUGUUUGCAAACGGUCUACGUAUGGAGACUGGUUGCUACUAUUCACGUUAAAGAACGUAAUCCAUUGCGCUUUUUAUGGCGAAUUAUUGGAAGCAUUGGGAAAUAAGUGGAAGGAUGAGGACGAACAUAAGAAAAAAAUUAGUGGUUCUGUUAUGAUGUACAAGUAAUUGUAAAAUGUAUGAAUUACAAUAAGGUUAAUUUAAUAUAGUAAGUAAUGCCGAUGUACAAUUUAGUUUUAUUUUGUCUAUUUAAUUGUAUUUUUUCUUUAAAAGUACCCCAAAAAUGUAAUUGCAUUCUAUCUCAAAUUUCCUUUCAAUGUGGGACGAUGCAUAUUAUUAUUGUUAAAAUAGCGUAAAGUUUUUUUGCAGUUUGUAGAAAUAAACUUAAAUGUGGCCGAAUUCCGAAAUUACAUGAUUGUAUAAAGUGAUAUGAGUUUCACAAAGUCCUCAGAGAGUAAUGUGUAGUAGUAAGAUUCUCAGAAUGGGACAAGUAAUAAAACUUUAUUCAAGGUUGAAA